AUGGGCGGCAGGGACGAGGCCACCGGGACCCCGGAUCCCGUCGAGAAGGGGUUUGCCACCCUCAAUACCAUCCGGAUCGGUGUCAAGGCCAUGGUGCAGAAGGAUGGAGAACUACGAAAAGCAGAAAUCCUCUCGAUAAAGCAGCGGAAAGAUGGGCCUUCUUUCUACGUCCACUAUGUCGACUUCAACAAGCGUCUUGAUGAAUGGAUUGAUUCCGGAAGGAUAGAUCUCUCGCAUGAGGUCGAAUGGCCUCAGCCAGAGAAACCAGAGAAGAAAAAGACCGGCCCCGGCAACAAAGCACCUAGCAAGAACGCCCAGAAGCGUGCCAGAGCCGAAAGUCGGGACGUAUCAGCAACGCCAGAUCUUCUGACGGGAAAGAACACCAAUGUCGGCAAAGCCCAGCGUCCGUCCAAAGCGGGCGGCAAAGAGAACCGCGACGAGACCCCUGUGAACCUCUCCAUCGGAGGCUCAGAAGCUGUCUCCGCAGAUGGAACCCCCAAGCCUGACUCGGAUGAUGUCGACAUGAUCGAUGUUGGCUUUUCCAAGGAUGAAAAAGAAGAAGCGAAGGCACUAGGUCUUAUGUCGCGCGAAGAAGAAAUCGAAAGGCUACGCACUAGCGGUAGUAUGACCCAGAACCCGACGGAGAUUCACCGUGUGCGAAACUUGACCCGUCUCCAAAUGGGCAAAUACGAUAUCGAGCCUUGGUACUUCUCGCCAUACCCGGCAUCGUUCUCCGAUGCAGACGUCGUAUACAUUGACGAGUUCUGCCUGGGAUACUUCGACAACAAGCGCGCCUUCGAGCGUCACCGUUCCAAAUGCACCCUCGUGCACCCACCCGGAAACGAAAUCUACCGCGAUGACUACAUUUCCUUCUUCGAAGUCGACGGCCGGCGUCAACGAACCUGGUGUCGCAACCUCUGUCUGCUGAGCAAGCUCUUCCUCGAUCACAAGACACUGUACUACGACGUCGACCCCUUCCUGUUCUACUGCAUGUGCAGUCGAGACGAAACAGGCUGUCAUCUCGUCGGCUACUUCUCCAAGGAAAAGGACUCUGCGGAAGGCUACAACCUGGCCUGUAUCUUAACCCUCCCUCAAUACCAACGCCGCGGGUACGGCCGUCUUCUCAUCUCCUUCAGCUACGAGCUCGGCAAGCGUGAGGGAAAGCUCGGAUCGCCCGAGAAGCCUCUCAGUGAUCUCGGUCUCCUCAGUUAUCGACAAUACUGGCGAGAAACCCUCGUGGAGCUUCUCUUGGAAACCGGCCGGGAAUCCGUCAGCGAGCACGACCUCUCAAUGCUGACUUCCAUGACGGAGAAAGACGUCCACGAGACUUUGGUUGUUUUCAAUAUGCUCAGAUACCAUAAAGGAAACUGGGUCAUAGUCCUAACAGACCAAGUAGUCGAAGAGCACAAGAAGCGUCUCGAGAAGGAGAAGAUCAAGGGCGUUCGCAAGAUCGAUCCCGCCCGGCUGCAAUGGAAACCGCCCGUCUUCACUGCGUCGUCCCGUACCUGGAAUUGCAAAGUAUGGGACGGGAGCCGGGAAGCCGGGAAGCCGGGAAGAUUGAUUGAUACCCUCAUUUGGAGUCGGUGGUGUAAUCUACAAUUACGCCUGACGGAACAACAUAUAACGUUAAAGUAUUCGAAUGCACACCUCAGCACAAAAGCUAGAUACACGGUUCUGCACGUUAACACAAAGCUCCCGCACCAUUUACCCUUUCCCAGAAUCUUGGCUCCGGUUCCACAAGCUAUAGAAAAAAAGAAAGAAGGGGAUCCAAUGGCUCAACGACGAUCACCGCACAGACGGGAUCUGGGAGGUCAAGAUUCGAGAAAGGAGGGGGAUUCGGAAAGACGUGACAUGGGUUGGUUUAGACCCCCGGAGAAGACAGAGAUAAAGAAGCAUUGA